CUGAUUACACUGACAACAAUUCAGGAUGCAAAGUUCAUUGAGAUUUUUUACAAAAUUUAGACAGUCAUGCAGCGUGGCAUUCAGGUUUUUGAGGUCCCAGAGGAAGGAAUCAUAUAAACAUUUCAAGAAAAUCCAAUAUCCAUUGUUUCCUGUACUGGCAUUCCAUCCUUUUGCAACAGUGCAUGCCUUAAGUUUUGGAUUUGGCAAGAAAGAAGAGGUAAAAGAGAAAGAAUUGACCAAAGAAGAAUUAAUUAUUAUAGAAGCUGAUAAAAUUUAUACAGCUAAUGAGAUACUUAAACUGUAUGAUUUUCUGAUUCAGUACAAGGAUUGUAAGAAUGAUGAAAUUUUGUGGAGAUUGGCCAGGGCUGCGAGCGAUAAAGGAAAACUAGUUCAAAACACCAACGAAAAGAAAGCCUGUUUCUUUGAAGCCUUUGAAUACGUCAAGAAAGCUCUAGAAUUAAAUGACAAUAAUUUUGCGUCUCACAAAUGGUAUGCCAUACUUCUAGAUUACACAGCAGAAUAUGAAGGCACGAAAAAAAGAAUUUCAAAUGCCUUUCAUGUGAAGGAACAUUUAAAGAGAGCCAAUGAAUUAAACCCAAAAGAUGCCACAUCUUUAUACUCUCUUGGAUAUUGGUGUUUUCUGUUUGCAGACAUGCCUUGGUAUCAAAGACAAAUAGCUUCAGCAUUGUUUGCUUCACCGCCAACUUCAACGUAUGAAGAGGCACUAGCUUAUUUUGAAAAAGCAGAAGAAACAGAUCCCAAUUUCUACAGUAUGAACUUAUUAAUGUUAGGGAAAACUUACAUCAGGAUGAAGAACCAUAAUAUGGCACUGAAAUAUUUAACUAGAGCAAAAGAUCAUCCUAUGAAUAAACCAGAUGAUGAAAAGGCUCACAAAGAGGCUCUGGAAUUAUUAAAAAGUAUGGGUGUGAAAUUAGAGGACCAGCAAUAAAAAUGACUUGAUAUUAUAAGGCUGUUCACUGAUGUGUAGGAAAUUCAUACAAUUAACUUUUUUAUAGACUACUCAUCUGGCUCUUGAAGUUUCUUUUAAACUCAGGUGUGAAACUUAUGGUGCAAUUGUUCAAAUCAAUAACUAUGUACAAUUUUCAAAAUACAUGUAGUAUUUUACAAUUUACCAAUUUAAAAUGUCUGUAUUAAACAGUUAUUUAUUUGUG